UCCACUCCCUCCCUCUUCUCUCCUCUCUAGGUGACGUGCAGUGUGUGUACCCCAGAAGGGGUGGAGUUAGAUGUAGACGUGGUGGAGAACGAGGAUGGAACCUUUGAUAUCUUCUACACCGCCCCCCAGCCUGGAGAUUACUGUAUCUGCAUUCGCUUUGGAGGGGAACUCAUCCCCAACAGCCCCUUCCUGGUCACGGCAUUGGAAGGAUCCCCCUCAGAUCAGCUCCUCCAACAGGAACAACUACCACAGUACUACAGUCAACAACCCUCGGCAACAGACGGGCCAAUGCGAACGAAACGGUUUGGACGUUGAGGGACUCCGGCCGUUUGAUCUGAUCAUCCCCUCACCAUCCAGAUGGGAGAAGAUCACAGGUAGUCCCCUCCAGUUCUAUGUGGACUAUGUGAACAGCGGGAACGUCAGUGCGUACGGACCGGGCCUUAUCCACGGGACCGUCAACAAACCUGCUAUGUUCACAGCCAACACCAAGGAUGCAGGAGAGGGUGGUCUGUCGCUGGCCAUCGACGGUCCAUCUAAAGCCGACAUUAGCUGUGUGGAUAACCAGGAUGGAACGUGUUCUGUGUCCUACCUGCCUGUCCUACCUGGAGACUACAGCAUCCUGGUCAAAUACAAUGACAAACACAUCCCAGGCAGCCCCUUCUCCGCCUGCAUCACAGGUGAUGACUCUAUGAGGAUGUCCCAUCUGAAGGUGGGCUCUGCUGCUGACAUCCCAUUGGACAUCGGAGAGUUGGACCUGAGUCAGCUGACUGCUUGUCUGACCACGCCCUCGGGCCAGGAGGAACCCUGCCAUCUCAAGAUGCUUCGUAACGGACACGUCGGCAUCUCAUUUGUUCCCACGGAGAUUGGAGAGCACCUGGUGAACAUCAAGAAAAACAGACACCAUAUUCCCAGCAGCCCCAUCACUGUGAUGAUCAGCCAAUCAGGGAUCGGCGACGCCAGCCGGGUGUGUGUGACUGGCCAGGGCCUCAGCGAGGCCAAAACCUUCGAACCCGCUGAGUUCAUCAUCGACACACGCGAAGCAGGCUAUGGAGGUCUGAGUCUGUCCAUCGAGGGCCCCAGUAAGGUGGACAUUAACACU